CCAAGAAAACAAGGCUUAUACUGCGCUCGAUUCGAGUAAGUCGAUGUUAGCAUCGCGAAGCAGAAUCGAAAGAGAAAGUAUCGUGUCGUAAGAGAGUAAGCCAAGUUUUAUAACGGAGCGCAACGAAAUUUCUUAGUCGCCGUGCGACUGCGAUACAAAGAACAGUUCGUUCGAUCAACUUUCUUCUUUGCGGUUCUCAAUUCGGAACGUACGUUAGAUCGAGAUUUUAAGAGGAGAAAUAAUUCGGUAUGUCUCGAUGAUAAGUAAUUCUAUCCAGAAAUGUGCACGAUGUUGUUAUCCAGGAAAAAGAAUAAUUACGAAAGGAGAACGAAUCUUUUUCGGAGAACGAUGAAGAGUACGUACGGGCGAAGAGAAAUUUCAGGACUGUGCAUUCUGCUCUUUGUGUGUCGGUUCAAUUCGUGCGGCGGCCUACCUGUGGAGCAGCCAACCACAUUCACGUUGAACACCGGUAACACGCAGCCUCUAUUCAACGAGCAAGUACGGGAAUUUUUAGGACGUAUCGCGGACGCGAUUCGAAUCGUCGCUGGGAGGCUCGUGAAUUCCGUCACGUUGGCCAGAAACAUCAUAGCCGAUCGGUGGGAGACAGCGGCCAGUGAAUCGCGGAACAACGUGGCCACAGUAGUCGCGACCAGGUCUGUGGCCUUGAACCCGGGCGAGGUGUCCUUGUGGAGCACCCAGCAUCCGCCAGUAACGAACACCCAUGCGUACGCUCGGGAAUCGGUUCGGCUGGAGAACGAGGCCGAGCAGGCGAUCGCUGAACGGCCGAUAUCAAAGCCUUUUUCGGGAUUCCUGGAAUCCUUCGUGAAUCCGACGCCGCUGGUAGAUGGUAUCAAGGAGCAGGAAAAGUAUGGAAACUCUGGAGACAAGUUCAUAGGAGUUGGAAGGGCGCUGGUCAGUGGCUACGAGGGACUGAGCAAUUUUCUGAACGCCGUUGUUGACUUUCCACGGAACACUUUCAGACAAAAAUCCAGGGAACUCACAGAGGCGCUGAAUCACGUUGGAGCUCGUUUGGUUGGACUUGAGUGACGCUUGUACUUACUGUAAAUUAUAGUUGACAUAUUCUAUUUUAUACUUUGCUUAUUUGUUUGUUGUU